CUUAUGUUAUCUAUUUGUUAAUUAUAAUAUUAUCUUAUGUUUUAUUUGAAAUGCAGUUGUAAAAAUUAUGAUGGAUUUAUUAUGUCACUAAUCACUUGUAUGUGUUCUGUGGAAUGGAGAUCUAAAGAGAGGAGUGUAGAAUUAAAACAUAGAAAGAGAAUAUACUUAUAGUAUAUUAUAUAAAUAACACAAAGGCCCUGAGUUAUUUUAAACUUCUUAUGCAACUAGUAUUAAGAAAAAUAUUAAUUAAUGAUCGAAAUUAAACAAUAAGUCUGGCUCUUUUGCAGACCAUUUCAACACUGAGUUUUCUUUUGGAUCAUCAUAAAACUUUACAAUGGUCUCAGCGUGGGAGGAUUUCUAUGCAAUGCAACCACCUCCACAGGAUUUGGUGCAAAACGAAAAUGCAUUGCAAGAAUUUACUAAAAAACAUUUUGAUGCUGGUAAUAAAGUAGUAUUAGUGACGAGUGGAGGUACGACAGUACCUCUGGAACAUAACACUGUCAGAUUUGUGGAUAACUUUAGUGCGGGUACAAGAGGUUCCGUUUCAGCAGAAUGCUUUUUGGAGCAUGGAUAUGCAGUUAUUUUUAUGUACAGAAUUAAAUCACUGGAACCAUUCUCCAGGCACUUUGUAGGACAGAAAUUUUUGGACUUGCUUCAAUUAUCAGAUAAUAGCGAGCAUCCAGCUAUCACAGUACUACCAGAACAUACACAAAAGGUGGCAACAGUAUUAAGAAAAUACAGGGAAGCGCUUGAUAAAAAAAAAUUGCUGCAACUUACUUUCACGACUGUUUCCGAAUAUCUCUGGCUGCUUCGAUCCGCUUGUCAAGCCCUUGCGCCUCUGGAGAACAGAGCUAUUCUAUAUUUAGCUGCAGCAGUCUCAGACUUUUACAUUCCUUCUAAUGAAAUGGCAGUUCAUAAGAUUUCCUCGAGUGGACCACCAACCAUAUCUCUUCAAUUGGUCCCAAAGAUCUUGGCCCCGUUAGUUAGCUUAUGGGUGCCGAAAGCAUUUGUGAUUUCCUUCAAACUGGAAACUGACGAAAGUCUGUUAAUUUCUAAAGCGAGAACCGCUCUCAACAAGUAUCAGCAUAACCUUGUAAUAGGCAACAUGUUACAAACCAGGAAGCAACAGGUGGUAAUGGUGAGCAAGGAGACUGAUUAUACUCUUUCUCUUACGAACGAAGAAUUGAAUGACGGAGAAGAGAUCGAGCAAUUGAUUGUAAGUGACCUCGUUGAAAAGCAUAUAAAGUUUAUACGGUUCGAAGAUUCUAGUUGAUCAACUAGCUUCGGGCUGUAAAACAUUAUCACAUGUUUAUUAGGUUUUAAAUUUAAAUAUGAACGAUAGAUAUUAAAUAACUCAGGUUUAAUAUAACACUAUAUGUAUAUAAUCGGGAUUAUAGAGGUGUACAGGAUUCAGUUACAAAUAUCACUAUUUUAUACAACAAAUAUUUUACAUUCACAUUUUUGUACAUCAUUUUAUUACAAGCGUGAGCAGAGACUUAGAUCAAGUCGAUAUCUAUUGAGCAAAAUGUAAUAUUUAUCGUUUGAUUGGUCUUCUGAAUACCAAUUGUUCCGCAAAAUCAUUCUGAAGUCGCUAUUCCACGUCAACUGCUCACGUUCUUCGAAUUGUAUAUAAAUGCAAGUUAUAAAACGAAUAAAAAAUAACUUUAAUUUUUAA